UUCACCCCUUGAUUGAAUAAUAAUAUGGCCUUAAGUUCCGAAACAUAUACACAUUUAAUUUCUUCACAGAAAUAACGUUAGAGAAAAAAAUUUUUGGCUUGACAGGCAGAAGGCUAGGAUUAAACAGGAAGGGAAAUAUGUGCCGGGUGUGUGGGCCAGAAGUCCCCCAACCCCGAGGGGAAUGGAAGAAGGAUGCACAAGCGUAUCAGAAAGACUUAAAUCACUAGAAAGUAAAAGUAAAAAAGUUUAUAAUAAUCGUUCUCGUAAGAGAGAUAGUAACUUUAAAAAAAGAAAGCUAGUACGGGUUGAAGAUGAUAGUAGUGCUAUCACCUGUAGUUCCACCAGUGGAACAGAAAGUAAAAGUACUAGUAGUUCUAGCGGCAGUGAUAGUGAAAGUUAUAAACGUCACGACUCAAAGCGAGAUAAAGUUAACAUGAAAACUUGAAAAAAAUAAAGAAGUUAUACAAAGUAAAUAAUAAACUAAAGGAAACUGAAGAUAUAGCUUUAAGAGAUUUAAAAACUGGCCUUAGCAGCACUUCAAUUGUUAGUAGUAAGAAAGAAUCAUCCUUAAAUCCAUCUUCUGAUGAAGACGAUCAAUGGGUUGAAAAAACCGAUCUUCAUUUAAAAAAAAGAAAUGCAGACAGUGAUGACGACACGAUUGUAGGCCCCCAGCCCGCCACCGGACUUCAAGUUGGACUGCAAAAAGGAUAUAAAGACAUGAUGAUGCCUGGUGAAGCUGAUGCUAUGGCCGCUUUUAUUGAAGAAGGUGUGCGCAUUCCCCGUCGUGGCGAGAUUGGGUUAACUUCGAAAGAGAUUGAAGAUUUUGAGAGCAUGGGUUUUGUAAUGUCCGGAAGUCGUCAUCGGAGAAUGGAAGCUGUCCGUCUUCGUAAAGAAAAUCAAAUGUAUAGUGCAGAAGAGAGAAGAGCUUUAGCAAUGUACAACUUCGAACAAAAGCAAAAGAAAGAGAGGCAGCUUAUUAACGACUUGAGAGAAAAGUUAUCAAACAAACAAUAAAGGCGAACAAAAAAGUAAGUAGAUAGAUUGUACUGAAAAGUAAGAAAAG